AUGUUGUACGGCCUCGUCUUCAUGGAGGAAAGCUUUCCCACAGUAGACGUGGUGCACCGUCUUCUCGUUCGCAGACAGACUCGCCGAAUUCUGUCCGUAACAUUGUGGGUACUCUCCGCACUAUGUAAUUCUAGUGAGCUUAAGAAGCUGGUGGCAUUCGGAGAAAUCAAGCCGUCACUCGCACCUGGACCUUACGAAGCGCUUUCCGAAGAGCUGAAAUCCGAAGAGCUGAUUCACCGUCUCGCUAUGAGCACCUGUAAAUUGGAGCAGCUGUGCUUGUCCUACGUUGUGGACGCCUUCAAAUUCUUAAUCAUCGCUGAAGGCCAGCCUGCCUUGCACUGGCUGAAGCUUGAAACCAUAGCACUUACAUCGCCAAGUUUCCACAUCGGAAAUGAAGCGGGCAUAAUACAGAUGCUUGAGACAACUGCAAAACUCGCACGUAAGAUGCCGGAAGUGCGAACUUUGGAGCUUUGGAAUGCAGAAAAGAGCCAUGCUUUCGCCUUCACCUGCCGCAUCACCCCCUCCGCGGUUGAAAUCUUAUAUAGGGCAACUUGGGAGUUCAAGCUCGCGGGCUCCGUUGAGAAACUGUGGGAAGACUUUGCCCAGGAACGGAAUCAAGGACACAAAGUCAGUGUCCAAAGGGGCCAGUUGAUCAACGCCAGCGAAUUGAAGUCUCAUAGGGACGCCAUACACGGUCUAAAUUUGACGGCGGAGGUGGUACAUCCCGUGUCGUUGAUGCAAAUCCGUCGAGGGGAAAUCAUUUCUGCAACUGAGAUGCCACCUAUGGAGCAGCAGUAA